AUGGAUGACUCGUUUCCAUCGUUAAAGGACCAAUCAAGUGACACAGAAAACUAUAGAGAUAAACUACGUAAUAAGCGGCCUGCAUCUGAAAGCCCGGAAGUAACUGAAAAGACAGAAAUUGACUCCAUUAGAAUAAAAAAAAAGAACAAAAAGGACAAAAUAAGUGAAGUUAUGGUGAACCCGAAUAAUCUUCAAUCGACCUUGGAUAAAAUCUCGUCCAAACUUGAGAGCGUGUGGAAGAAAUGUGAAGAGAUUCCUUCAAUUUCAAACAAGAUUGAUCUACUCAACAUCAGCCUCGAAAAACUUCAACAACAAACUGACUUAGUAGAGAAAAAGCAAGAUGAAGCUGCCAGAAAUAUUUCCUGGUUAUAUGGAGAGAUGUCGGCUGUCCAAGUCGAGCUGAAUCAAGUCCGACAAGCAACUCUAACAAAUGAUUUGGUCAUUCAAGGUAUUCCAACAGAUCUUUUAUCUACACAUCCACAGGAAACUUUUAGGACCAUAGCAUCAGCACUAGGCAUUGCAAUUGACAUGAAAGACAUUAAGUACAUCACAGAAAGAAAACAUAAACCAUCAAAAACAUCACGGCUUUUCGUUUCUCUUCACAAUGGAAUAUUAAAACAAAACCUAAUGAAUAAUUUCAAAACUAAUAAGCCUUUCCUUGUCGAAAAAAUUUAUUCAAAUGUUCCUGAGAACUCUACGCUAUACGGAAAAGAAAUAAAAAUAUUUAAUCAACUGACUUCAACCAAUAAACAAAUUCUUGCUGCUGCUUAUCGUGCUAACAAUGGAAAAUAUAAAUACAUCUGGGAAAAAUCUGGAAGAAUUUUGAUGAAGGAAAAUGAUGUCUCUAAGACAAACCUCAUAAAUUGCAGAUAUUGUAAAGGCAUGAUUGAAGAAACUAUGCAACACGUUAUAGCAUCUUGCGAUGCACACUCUAGUGUAAGGAGAAGGAUCUUAAACCACACUGUCAUCAAUGCUGAGGAGCUCGCGGAGGUGGAUCUGGAGGAUUUUCUCCUCUUCAUGAGGUCCGAUCCACCUUCUUCGACUUCUUCGGCUGACAGUGAGAUCAGGGAGAUGGCUGUUUUGAAUUAUCUUCGUGUUGGACGAAAAAGUUUCGUUCCAACUUCACCAAAACUUAUUCCACAACAUAAACUUGAAGUUUGGCCAGGAUAUGUCAUCAUCAUCAUCAGAUCAAGGACAGGCACAUAUAGGCCAUAUAGGAACCACCAUCAAAUGACGAAGGCAUUUGAGGGCAAUGGUCAUAAGUGGCACACCAAUGAAGCAAAUUGCCCCCUGCCAGGAUAUGUGAAAGCAGUUUCUGAACAAGAAGGCGGUUUGAUGCUGGAAUUGGACGUUUCUCAUCGUGUAUUAUCACUCGUACAGUUUUUGACACAAUCACUGAAGCUUUUGAAGCUGGACGAAAUCAAUUACAGGAUAACGUGA